GCAGCCAUCAGUGUAUAUAAGGGCUACUUCGCCGCCCCAUGAGCAUCACUGAGUUGCCCGACUUUGAAGACGACACUACAGCUGUAACAGAAGUAUACUCGAGCUAAAUCGUCACCGAACAUAACAUUCAGCAGCCAUGAAAUUCUACGUAGUAUUCGGUGUUUUGGCAGCUUUGGCUAUGCACGCUCUCGCUGACGAAACCAAAGAUAGCGUCCCAUCAACAGUCUCCGCAGCCAUCGACCGAGCUACAGCUGUUACGAAAGCUACCAUUUCGAACGAUAAUGAAAAUUGGUCGUUGAUCCCGAACAGCUAUGGCGCAGCUUUGGCCACGGGUGGGGUGGUCGUGAUCGGAGUGGUCGUUUUGCUCGCGAUUUCGGCAAUCGUCAGCCCAUUGUUCGGCUACAGACUUUGCCAGAUAUUCAGCACCUGUGAAGUCCCACCAACAGCAACCGGAUACAGCGCAGACGCGUACCAAUCGUUCCCGCCGACUUACAACAAGAGAUCUAUCGAGUACGUCAAGCCAAUCUUGCAAGUUUUGAACUCAGCCUACGAAAAGUACGGGCACGGCGCUAUUCCAGCGGGUUUGGUCAACACCAUGAGGAACGUCAACACACAACAAUGACCGGUUCGAGUCAACAUCGAUUGCAGCUAGAUUUUCAUUCCGGAAGAAUUUCAAUUUUUUAAGUCGACAAUUAUUAUGYAAAACAUUCGUAUAAUAUAA